GCGGCGCGCAUGCGCAGCGGGGCGGGGAGGCCGGAAGCGGGAGCGGGGCCGGGCGGCGGGGCAGGUACCGGGCGCUGCCCGCCAUGAGCUGCCGGCAGCCGCUGCCCAGCGAGCGCGGGGCGAGGCAGAGGAAGAGGAGGCGCAACGGCAAUGAAGAUGACAGCCACGUUCCCCAGACGAAGCGUAACACCAGGAACACCGUCCUUCAGGACUCGUGGGACACUGAGAAGGUGGCUGUAACGAAAAACAGUAAGGAACACAGACUAAAAGGAAACAAAGUGUCCUGUGCGUCCUCCAGCAGCGAUAGCGGCAGCAGCAGCAGCAGCAGCUGUAGUAGCAGUAGCAUCAACAGCCCUGACAGAGCAAGCGGGCCAGAAACCAGCCUAAACCCGACAAUUGCAGGAUCCAGUCCUGUCUCCUCUCAGUCCUUCCAUGAGCAGUCUGCACUAAGUCAAGGUCCUUACUUCCACAUCAACCAGAUCCUGAAGGAGGCACACUUUCACAGCUUACAGAGUCGGGGACGCCCUCCUACAUGAUGAACCAGCAGUUCCUUGCCUUCUGUGAAGGGACAGCACUGUGUAGAUUUGAUAUUUCAACUUCAAGUUUGUUAAAAUGGAAUUGCACAAAAUGCCUGUUGCCUUUUCAGUCUAUAUUUGAAAUAACAGGUUAACAGGAAAUUGUUUACUUGUGGUUUGCUGCACUAUUGCAAUGCAAAAGGGGCUUUGAAGCAAUUUUUAUAGGAUUCUUUUUGGGGUGGUUAUAAAGUACAUGUCCAGAGGAGACUGAGGAAUCCACAUCUGUGUUAUAGGAUUGCAUAAUGUCCAAUUCCAUUGACUGCCUAAUCUGUUUGUUAGCAGUUUGUUGCUUUAUGUAAAAUUCUUUCGAACGUUCAUCUUCAGUUUUAUAAGUCUUUUUUUAAUUUCAAUAAACUAGUAAAAAAAUAUUUGGCAAAA